AUGCGCGUUACUAUCCUCCUGGCCGGCUUGGCCACCAAUGUUCUCGGAGCUCCCGCGGGAUCAUCACGAAGAGAUGCCACACCGCUAUCGAGACCUGCAGUAACACCACAACUGAAAAGUGCCAACCUCAUGGCCAACGCCACAGAUCCAGACGUGGACCGAGAUUCAUGCGGAUCCGUACGCAUUGGAAAUCGAGCAUUCUGGACAUGUCGAGAUACAAUGCGCUACGAUCGAACGGCGGGUACAAGCGUCUUCCCCGUCAUCAGCAACUCCGCUGGCUGGAGCGAGACCUCCGAGGGUGGACUCGUCGCACAGGCGAAUGCAGAGAUCGGGCCGGGAUCAACAGGAGGCAACAUGAUACUUCCAAUAUAUGGUUCCGACUCUGCCAACGAAUUCUUCCCCAACAUGCCCGGGGAUUGCGAUGAAAAUCACGGUCAAUGCUGGGAUGGCACACGCUGGGCGGUCUGGCCCAAUUCACCGCCAAUGGUCGCCGCACCCGACGGAGAGAACACAGUAGCCUACUCAUGGGUACCACAAUCCAACCUCAACCAACUCACCCUCCUCAACCCCUUCCGACCCUACACCCUCUACAAAACCACCUACUCCCCCUCCCAACCCUCCACCACCCUCCCCACAGUCUCAAUCGCCAACCCCACCUUCUGGGCCGCCGGCGAACCCGGCUACGGCGACUACGGCAACGUCGUCCGCGACGGCUACGCCUACCUCUACGCCCAACGCCCCGACUCCUCCGGAACGCUCCUCGCCCGCGCUCCCAUCACCUCCAUCGAAGACCGCUCCACGUACACCUACUACACUCCCUCCACCGGCUGGACCACCACCCUCCCCUCCCUCUCCGACCCCGCCGCCACGCUCCCCAACGCGGGAACCGGCUGGCAAGGGACAUUCUACUACUCCACCGCCUUCUCGUCCUACAUCUGGAUCGGACAAGCGCUCAACUGUCCCAGCGCGGAGUUCUACAUCACCACCGCGCCGGCUCCCGAGGGGCCGUGGAUCGAGCCGUAUGUGCUGUGGAAAGGGGAGAGCGGCGAUGGGUUGGUGGGCGCGUAUUCGUUGCAGGCGCAUACGAGUCUGUUGCCGAGUGGGGAUGUGGCGGCGGAAAAGGGGAUUUUCACGGAGACUGAGCGGACCGCAGAACAGACCCUUCUCAUAUUGAUCCAACGGACGUGCAUAAUAACGCCGAGCAACGAACUUGUCCAGUAG